AUGACCUCAAAACAAGGCCGCCGGAGGCGAUCCAGCAGUCUUAUCUACCAGGAACCGGCCGAAUCUAUUGAGCAUACCAGUGAUCAGGCGGCAUUGCCAAAUCUGAAUGCAAACUGGGUGAAUGCCAAGGGUGCCUGGACCAUCCAUUUCGUGUGUAUCGCCGCUCUCAAGAUUUUCUACGACAUCAUCCCCGGCGUCUCGCAGGAAACUUCAUGGACCCUCACCAAUAUCAGCUACAUGUUCGGAUCCUUCCUCAUGUUCCACUGGGUGCGGGGCAUCCCCUUCGAAUUCAAUGCCGGUGCCUACGACAAUCUCAACAUGUGGGAGCAGAUUGACAACGGCGACCAGUACACACCCGCUAAGAAGUUCUUGCUCUGCGUGCCUAUCGUGCUCUUCCUCCUCAGCACUCACUACACCCAUUUCGACUUGACCCACUUCACCAUCAACUUCCUGGCCACACUGGGAGUGGUCAUUCCCAAGCUGCCUUUCUCGCAUCGGUUGCGAAUAGGUCUCUUCUCCGAUAUACCCGAGGAGUCAUAG